AUGGAUCCUGAAUCGGGUUCAGCGCCACAAGUCAGCUAUGCCCCCAGCCAGGAUGAUUCUCAAUCCCUGGGGGUAAUGCAGCAGAUGAUCCAAGCCUUGCUCACGAGAUUAAAGACGUUCAUUGAUGCUUUUGGGCCUAAACAGCAAUCGGUGGGUGUGGAGAAUCGGUUCUACUUCGACGAGGUAGAGAAAGUCUGGAAAUUGCAAGGUGGCGAGACAGAACAAGAGCGGGCAGAAGCUGAAGCUUUCCGGUUCCACACUGGUAGAGGCCUAUCGAACAACCUGGCACCGCCAACGACGGCUUGCGAUGCGACACGGGGGGAUUGGCAGAAUGGUGGCUUGCCACCACCGCCGCCAGCCGCAGGCCCUGUAAGCUCAUCGAUGCACAGUGGCACGGAGCUGCCCUCGCACGCAAUGGCGUCCCUUUCGCAUCCAGUGUAUGCUCCGCAAGGUCUGGGCCAGAAUGGCACCGUGGCACCUCCGCCUGCUAACCCCAGACCGGAGGCAAGCAGUGCUCCGCCGCUUGCAAAUCCCUUUGGACAAAUCUCGAAGCAGCCCCUUUCGACUCCUUUUGGAGGGCAGCCCGGCCAACGGCCCGUGCUGGCAUCUCCCUUUGCACCCGCACUGUAG